CGCCAUCAUGGCCGACAACUAUCGCCGCCAGACGCGACCAUCAUCGAGACGAGAAGUGCUUGGACCCGGCGAGUCUCGCGCCAACAUAGACUCAACUGCGCGAAGAAGCAUACGAUCCUCGAAAGCACCAGAAGUGUCUUCGCCCACCUCACUCCNNCCCCACAACCAGUCACUCGCUGCCAAUGGUACUCUAGACGCACGCACAAGCAGUCCCGCGGCCUCAUCAACGCACCAGGCGCACCUCUCAUCUGCUGCUCCCGAAUCCCAACGAGCUAGCAAACGCUAUUCAGAGAUAUCAAACUGUACCACCGCUUCCGGAUCGGGUCGCAAGAGCUUCGUGGGCCGAUGGCAACUCGGAAAGACAAUCGGCCAAGGUGGCUGCUCUACUGUACGCUUGGUUAGACACAAGGACACUGGUCAAAUUGGUGCCGCAAAGAUCAUCUCGAGAAAGAUGGCCGAAACGGUUCGUGCUCAGAGUUUAGCCAACUUGGCAGAGAUGCCCGACAAGUCACUGCAAGACCUUGUUGCUGCCGGCAAGGCCAUGCCACCCNCUCCUCCAGGUCUCCUGCGUGAGAUUGCCAUCAUGAAGCUACUUGAUCAUCCCAACAUUGUUCGCCUGUAUGACGUCUGGGAGAACCACAAUGAACUUUACCUCAUCAUGGAAUACGUCGAGGGUGGAGAGCUCUUUCACUACAUCGAAGAGUGUCGCGGUCUCGGAGAGGGAGAAAGCGUCUACAUCUUCCGCCAGAUUGUUGCCGCUCUGCUUUACUGCCAUCGCAUGCACAUCCAUCACAGAGACCUCAAGCCCGAGAACAUCCUCCUUGACCGCGAGAAUAUCCAAGUCAAGCUGGUCGACUUUGGUAUGGCCGCUUUACAGCCAGAGGGUAAGAAGUUGACAACGGCCUGCGGUAGUCCUCACUACGCUGCACCCGAAGUCAUCAAGAGUAGACCGUAUGAUGGCGCACGAGCAGACGUAUGGAGUUGCGGUGUUAUUUUAUACGUCAUGCUUACUGGAAUGACUCCUUUCAACUACGACCAAGAUCGAAACCUCGGAGUCAUGUACAGAGCCAUCGCUGAGGCCGACUACUACAUGCCACCUGAACUCAGUCGCGAUGCUCAAGACCUGCUGCGUAAGAUCUUCGUUCCAGACCCUCGUCGUCGUAUCACCAUGGAACAGAUUUGGGAGCAUCCUCUCCUUCACAAAUUCGACGAGGAGUGGGGAUACACGGGACCCCUUGCAAACAAAGAGGCUUGGGUUGGUCCGUCACCUAUUCUCGAAGACUGGACCGUGACACGCGAAGACGAGGUUGACAAGGAAAUACUUCGUAACAUGCGUACCCUGUGGCACAGCGUGCCUCAAUCGGUCCUCGUCAAGAAGCUCGUCAGCAACGAACCGAACCAAGAGAAGCUCUUCUAUGCCGCUCUUNUAAAGCAUCGCGAAGAGAAUCUCGAGAAUUACCUUGGUGGUGCUGAUGCCAUCAGCUAUUCUGCCAGCGAUUACCAACACAACACGAAUGAGCUCAAGGACCAGCCCNCUAUGCCCAACCAAAAGCAGCAUUCACAGUCUCAAUACUCCAUCAUGAACGACGAGCAUCUUCGCACCCCACAACCUGACCAGAAUUCGCCAUCCGACGGUAGCUACGAUCCCUACCGAGCAUCCCGUUACCAGACUACACCCAAUGGAACGCCGUACACAAAAGUCACUGUGCAUCGCAGAGGCGAGAGCAAUGGUAGCCGCAAGGCCUAUAUGCAGCACACCUUGCGCCAUCCCAAUGCACUUCGUGUUGAGAUGCUGAAAAAGAAUGGUCCCUCAAAUUCCAGUUCCAGUCUGCUCCAAGCCAAAGCCAGAUUCUCUCAAUUCAUACACGGAAGUCCUACUCCUGACGCAAACAGCCCUUCUUGUCGUGUAGACAAUGCAAUUCGAUCCAGAAAGGAAAAGUCGGUUACACCUGCUCCUCGUACGCGACCUCGCAAGAACUCAACCGGCGCAGCUAAGACAGAUAUUCGCAAGGCCAGUAGCGAGCUCGAACAGGCUUGCGAAGAGGCUUUCAAUCGUUGUUCCUUCAGCUCAAGCGUAUUCACAACGGCAUCGGCAACCGAAAAGGCUGGCUACGAGACUCCUCCAUCAUCCGUGUCUAAGAGGGAUUCUGGUAGCUCAAUCAAGGAACACGCCGCACCUCGCCCUCUGCCCGCUCUUCCCACUGACACUCCAAACACCUUCAUCACUCGCACACUCGAAGAAACCCGACACAAACUUGCAGCACGAAGUGCAUCUGAAGGAAACGAUGGCUCUGCCAAGAUUGAACAAGUCCUCGCCAAUCUUGAUAGAAUCAUGCCGGGCGAUAAGCGUACCGUUUCGGCUCCUGAUCACCAUGUAAUAGAUAACAGAGCACUUCUGCCAAUCAUAAGCGAAGAAGGCAGACCUGAGGGCUCUCAAGGACGACCCAACACAGCUCAUAGAUACAGAUCUGUCACAGCCCCAGUGCCAGAAAGAACAGUUCGUAUGGUUCAGCCUUCAUCCCCUGCCACACCCAAGAGUCCAUACAAUUGGCGUUCUGUCGAGGAGCCAGCCUCGGAUGUCUCUCAGCACACUGUCAUUGACAAGUCUCGCCUCACUGUACCCACUGCAGACNCCCGUAUGGUUCGCAAGAAGAGCAGCGACAGUGACAUACCCUUGAGCCAAAUCUCUACGCAAACGUCCCACGAAGGCGCAGUCAAGAAGAAGUCUUCUUGGUUCCGCAAGUGGAAGGAACCCUCUGUCGUUGAUGACAGCCAGCUUGGUCCACGCUCACCCAUGCCUUGGAACGAGACUGCUGGUCAACCUGGCAAGCCUAGCGUCCUCAACCGAGACAACCGACCGCCUCAUCUGGACCUGACCAGCGCCCAAGUACCUGCGCCUAAGUCUUCUUCAAGCAGUGAGUUCCCAAUGCGCCGUGAAAGCAAGGGUUUCAGCAAAUGGUUUGGCAGAAAAAGGAUUCAGACAAAUGUAAUAUCUCCUCCAUCUGCCGCAAUUAACACCGGUCCGCUCAGUCCUUUCUCAACAGGACCAUUGUCUCCUCUACCUCCAACCACUCCUACCUCAGCUGGUGGCGAUAACGCAACACGCUCUUGGUUCUCCCGAUUCCUUCGUCUGCGACCCGAAGUUCGCACUCUGGCAUUCAAUGUUCCACGUACCCGAGCUAGAACAGAGUUGGUACGCAUGUUGCGCGAGUGGCAACGACACGGUAUCAAGGACUUGACCUACUUCCCUCAAGACAACGCAAUCACCGCCAGCAUCGAUAAAGUCAACUCUUUGGGCAUCAAGCCAGUCACCUUCAGAAUUGAGCUGUUUGUUGUGCUCAAGAAUGGCAGGAAAGCUGGCCUUUCGUUGGCGAGAUGUUCGCAGAUGCGCGGAGCAGCCAGUUCAUUCCGCAAAGUCAUCGAAGUCUUGGAGCAAGUCGGCAGAGAUCGCGGUCUGCUGAUUGAGGACGAAAGCCAACGGGAAGAGCUUUGUGGUAUUUUGGCC